CUUCUGAAAAUGAAAGAAGCUGCUUUAAUUUAUCUUGACAAGAGUGGUGGUCUUCAGAAAUUUGUUAAUGACUGCAAAUCAUAUUGUAAUGAAUCUAGUCAAGCUUGUGCUGUUUUCCGGUUUCUUAUAUUGGUAAACCCAUCUGAUAUUACUGAGUUGGAUGCUACCCUUGGAAAUUAUAUUUUGCAUCAACCUGUGAAGGGUACUCAGAUUUUUCAGUCAGUAUGUUUUACUGCAGUUAAAACGUUGUCAUUAAUUCAACAAAUAGAGACCGAAGCUCAGAUGAACAUAGUCCUGAAACUAACACAUUUACCUUCCUUGCCCUGUUACAUUCUCAGUCUUUGCAAAUUUCCAUUUGAUUAUACUACUCAGAGGUUUUAUGUGGCAGAGGGAAUAGUGAUUGCAAUGAGUAUCAUAACGAAGUAUACACAGGGAGCAAAAUUUGUUUGUUCUGAAGAGACAUGUCAGUUUUCUGAAGGGUUUCAGUACAUAAGAGUACAUACUGCUGGAGCUACAGAAUCUGCAACGCUAAGAAAUGAUUUUGUAUGCAGCUUAUGUAUGUCACCACUGAAAGAAGACAAGAAAUAUCGAGUACUUGGUGAUAAACAAGUGGUUGAAAUGAUUGACUCUAAAGCAGUUAGUGUGUUUCAGGGAUUUUCUGGAAGUAAAACACAUUUAAGAUUUCAAUCAUUUACAGUGUUUCUAAGAGAUGAAUUAUCCAAUGAAAUGAAAAUGGGAAAUCAAUAUAAAAUUAUAGGAAUUCCAAUCUGUAUGCAAAGCUACUUACAAGCCACAAUUUGUCUUGAAGCUAACAGCGUAUAUCCUUCUAAUUCUACAGGGCCUUCUUGUAUCAGUGAAAAAUUUCAGUACCUGCUGUCUUUGACUUCAAAUUCAUGUUGGAAAUUUACAGCACUUCUGGCUGAUAGCUUUGCUUCAAAAGUUCUUCCAUCUGGCAUUUAUAAUAUUUUGAAAUUGUCCAUAAUGUUGAGCUUAGUACAGACUAUUGAUGGAGAUGACAAAACAGCAGACUACUUAGAUCUUCUGGUAAUAACAAAUGAUUCUCUUACACUGGAGAGAAUUAUGAAUUAUAGUAUAUGUCUUGUGCCUCGAGGCGUUCGGCACUUUCCAUCUGGUGAAAUUUUUCCAAUUGUAUCAAAAGAUAAACAUGGGACUGGAAGUGCUAUUAUUCAGGCUGGUAGUGCUUUAAUGGCUAAAAAUGGAAUAUGCUUUAUUGGAGAGCUAACUUCAUAUAAGAAAGAGAAACUUGAACAACUACAAGCAGUACUAGAGAGCAGAACAAUUACUAAAUUCAUUCCAGGAAAGAAAUAUGGAGAAACUAUUGAUCAGAAAGUUAUUUUUCCAGUUCAAACAAGUUUCUGGUCAUUUAUUGAUGUGGAUUCAUCUUCAAAAAAGCAUAUACAACUGGAUAAUACUGUAAUUGGCCAGUUGGACUUAAGCUUGAUUUCAGCUCCUCUUAUAGAUGCAUUUGGACUUUUGAUAUACUGCAAUGAAGCAUCAUGUUGUCAGUCUCCAUUUCCUGUUACAAAUUUCAUUUUUAAAAAAUCUAUUAAUUCAGAAGAGAUUUAUUCUAUCACUCAACAGUUCCAAACCCAAGAUUAUGAGGAAUUUCUUGCUUUUUCAAAGAAUCUGCAUGUAGAAUUAUGUCCAGAAUCAGAAAGGUUAAUUCAUGGCUACUAUCUAGCAAGUCGAAGAGUCAGAACACAGCUCAUGAAUGGACCUAAUCUCUCAGCAACUUCACUAAAAAUCUUGUAAGUUGAUACCUGCUAAUUAAAUAUUGGGCAUUUUGGCUUUAAGUUGGACUAAGAUGAAAUGGAGAUGCACUAACUAGCAACUCCUGAUCUCAUUAAACAUGUAUCCACAAAUGUGCUUCAGGUUGCAUAGAAAUGUUUAUGCUUUCUCUAUCCAGAUAUUAGUCCAAACAUCAAAGCAGUGCUGUUUAGAACAUACAUCAAAGGUGUGUCUAGUUUGUACAACUGUGUUGUCCCAUGCACUAGUCAAAGGAAGAUUUGUCCACUUCUGAGGAUACACAUAUUCAAUGUCUUCUCAGAUAGCAUUGUUAGCUGUUCAGAUUCUGCUCAGCA